GAAAUUAAUACAACCGCGCGCUAUCCAAUAUGGCGGCGUCCAUUGCCUGACCGACGAGUAAGAAAAUACAGCGAGUUUUCCUACGUUUCAACUAAUUUAAAGAGUAAAUUGUUGGACUCGCACUCAUUCGAAGAAAAUGGCCAGCACAGACCAGUUGGAUCUCCUGAAGGACUUCAGAGGAUCUGAAGAGGAGGAUACAGUCAAACGUGUUUUGAAAAUUAUUACCACUGAAACUGUUUCUCCCACGCCUGCAUUCGUCAAUUUAGUUAUAAAAAAUAGUAAUGCUUUGGAUGGGACAUCUUUCAAUGAUGCAUAUAUCUCUCUUCAACCAAGCUAUGAAAGCAUGAAGGCAUUUGAAUCAGAUUGCAGAAGAGGAUAUCCAAAACCUGGACUGGUUUACAUAAAGGACAUUCUAAAUAUAUCUAUUCUUGAAGAAUUUCUAGCAUACAGAGUUGACACUUUUGGAAAAUGUCCUCAGCCUGACGUUUGUUGGCAAGCAUUUUUAACGUUAUUCAAUUUUCUGCAUGAGAAAAGACACCAUGAAGAGGCAAUAAAGAAACUUCUAACUACAGCCACUCAUUCAAUAAACAGUAAUAAAGAGACACAGAUACUGGCCGGACUGGCACAUCAUUUGUUUUCUCAGUUGAUACCAGGCAAACAAUAUGAGGUUGAUAGAUAUGCUGACCAGCUUUCAAAAGAAUGUGACUGUGGGUGUAAGGCCAAGAUAUGUGAAGGAGACACUUCUGUAGGAUCAUGGAGGACGUGGCAUGGCAGAAUAGAUAUCAUGUUGAACCAGGCAAUAGCUGUAUCAUUUCCAGGGAAGGAACAGACUGACGACUCUGAAGACGAUAAUACAUGAUGGCGAUGGAACGAUAGAAGUCACCCAGCGACAUGACAGUGUUCUCCUGGAUCAGAAAGUCUUCAGGAAAAUCAUGGCUGAAACCAUAACAAAUGGAUUUGCUCAAGUUAACAGAGAUAGGAAUUCACUGUCACAUUUUUUUAUUCCAACGUUUGGUACCACAUCUGAUCAUGUGUCUGUCUGUCUGUAUGACCCUGAAAGUGACUGUUUACUACACAUUAGGGACCCGCUCCAGUUAUGGUGUUCUGAUCAGACACCAGACCGACUAAAUGUGUCUACCAUAGUUGUUAUUUGGCUUUUCUUGAAUUUCACUAUCUUUACCCAGAAAAAACUGUCUGCUGUAGUGGAUCUUGACAAGUCAGGGUUACAUGAAAGUUUAAAACAGCAUCUGGAGUAUUACAGAAAGGCAGAAACAAAAAGAAAUUUGGUUUUGGGAACACCUGAUGGACCUCCAUGGAAACAUGUAUAUCUACAACCCAAACGCCGAAAGACCCAAGUAUGAAUUAUCCCUGGACUGCUGGAUAUCAUAUAUUGACUCAUUGUUUAAUACUGUAUGUAAAGUUACACUGUAUAAAUAAAUGUUUAUUUUCUUUUGUGGA